AUGGGACGGGGCGACCCCGCAGUGUCUCGCCCGCCGCUCUUCCCCCCCCCCCCCCACGCCGGGCAGGCCGCGGGCCUGCGAGCGGCGGCGGAGCGGGCGCCAACAAAAUGGAGUCGGCCAGGCCCUGCGCCCCGGCGGUGCACCCGGGUGGCGGCGGCCCCCGUGCACCGCUCGGCACCGCUCCCGGCCCCGGUGCCCGCGGGCGGUCAGCGGGGCGGGAGGCGCGGGUCGCCGCCCGCCCCCGCCGGGCUCGGGUUACCCCCUGCCAUUGUCCGCCGCGCCCCGCGGGCCGGCCCGGCGCCCCCGCCGCGCUCCCCCCGCCGCCCUCCCGCGCACCGGCGGGCCGGGCCGUCGCCCUCCGCGAGGCUGCCGUGCAGAGCCGUGCGAGCCUUGCCGAGCCUCGCCCGCCGGGGAGCGGCGCCGGGUGCCCGCGGCCUGGUAGUCCUCGCCGGGCUCCGCCGCUCCCGGACAGCCGCGCUCCCGCCCGCCCUCCCGCCGCCGAGCGGCGCGCACCGGCCCCGCGCCCGCCCGUUCCGCCGGGACGGGCCGCCACCGCCGCCCCCCCAACCGGCCCGCGGCGGGCGGCGGCUCCGUCGCUACCUCCGAUGCGGGCCGGGGUCUCCGCCGCCAGCCGCGCGGGUCCGGGCGCCGCGCCGCGCCGCCGCCGCACCGGCACGGCUGGGCAGACACGGGGCGGGGGGCAGCCGGGGCAGCGCGGGGAUGUGGCACCGGGGCGGUGCUGCCCGGGCCGCGCGGGGGGCAGGGCCGGGCUGCCGCCCCCCGGGGUGCCGCCGCGGGGCUCGACGCGGCGCUGCCCGGGCGGACCCGCUCCCCCCGCCCGCCGCUGCCCUUUGUUUCCCCCCCCGCCGCCCGUCCCCGGCCCGGCCGUGCGGGAGCCCCCGGCCCUGCUGGCGCCGCGCUCCCCCCGCCGGGCUGGGCCCCGGAGCAGCCGCUCUGCACACCCAGACAGGGAGCGCCCGCUGCCCGGGCCUCGCUGCCCCGCAGGCGCAGUUUUUCCCCACUGAAACGCUGUCCUGGAGCGGCUGCGGGCUGGCACCCCAGCGGGGCACUGAGGACUCGCCUCCGCCCUGCCUGCGCACCUUGGCAGCCCCACUUGAGGGCACCUGGCUCCCUGGUGCCCCUAUGACUGAGCGGGGAGAGCCGGGGCCACCAUCAGGACAUGUCCCAGCCUGGUUUCCCCCUGUGAGCCCUUGGUCCGUGGGCACAUGGCACAGCACAUCCCAACGGGACGCUGGUGUGCAGGGGCUGUACCGCUUGGGCAGCAAUGUCCAGACAGCUCUGGGCACCUCAAGUCAUGUCCACAUCGCGCUGUCCCAGUGGGGCCCCGCAGCGAUCCACCUGCAGCUGUGUGGGUACCGGCGCAGGGAGGAGCAGGGCAGUGGCGGCAGGAUGCCCUCAGACGCACUUCCCAUCUGCUGUGUCACCUCUGCCCGUGCCACGGCCAGCGCCCGCAGGAAGGGCCCUGCUCCGGCCCGUCUCUUCCGGCAGAGGAACAGGGAAAUGGCACCGCGGCCGCUGCCUCCCGCUCCCGCCCGGAUGUGCGGCACAGCGGGCAGCGUGGCCGGCUCUGCCGCCGCGGGGCUUUGUCUGCGGGCUGCAGCGGGGAGCGCGGGCGGCUGCGGCCUCCCCGCUGCGGGGUUCGCCCUGAGCCCCCCACCCCGCGAUCGUGCUCACCCCCAGCCCAGCCCGGCUCCCAGUAUACGCAGGAGCUCUGCGGCCGGUGGCCACGGAGCCGCCCGGCACUGCGGGCUCCCUCUGCAGGCCCCGGUGCCCGCGCACAGCCCGCACGGUGCUCCCACGGGAACGGCCCAGUGCCCCCGCUCCCGGCGGGAAUGCGCAUCCCCGGCUCCCGCCAUGGCCGCUCCCCGCCGCCGCCGCGAUGAUGCCGAAGGGACCGCGGCCCCGCACCGGGGGCUCCCGCCCGCUCCCCCCGAGGGGGAUGAGGGCGUCACGGCCGGCCGGCGGGGAGCCCCAGACCCCAGCGCGGAGGGAGCUGUGGCCCACGCGGGUCCCGCGGGAGUCGUGGGCAGGAUGGGCUGGCUGCGAGUCGCCUCCGGCCGCGGAUGUUCACCGGGGCGAGGCCCGGGGGGAGCGCGGACCCCGGGGGCAGCACCGGGAUCCUGCACAAAGGGCCGGGGGCGGCGGCUGGAAGCCGUGGCCGUGGGGCUGGAUGACGGUCGAGAGCGUGGGCGAAAGGGUUAA